AUUUAUUCUUAAAUGUUCUGAUUUGUUUAGAUUGUAUGAUGUUCUGCAUUGUUUAUUGUGUUUUGUUUUUUUCCCAUGUUGUAAGGCGACCUUGAGUGCCUUGGAAGGCGCCCUAUUAAAUAAAAUGAAUUAUUAUUAUUGUUAAUUCAAUUAAAAAAGUGGAAAUAACACAUUAUAUAUAUAACACAAAUAUUACAAUGAUCAUGGUUUACAUUUAAUGAAGACCUACAAUUCAGUGUCUCAAAUUUUUUUUAAUAUUACAAAAGACCAAUUUUAAGAAGUAUCUUUGAUAUGUAAAUGUUGGCCUUUGAAAAGUAAGUCCAUCUAUAUGACUCAAUACUUGGUUGGGGCUGUUUGACUUGGACUAUUGGAUAUGGACUUUUCCAUAAUAUUCUAAUAUAUUGAUAUGCAUCUGUAUGUGGCUCCCAAUUACUAAAUAUGGGUUAUUUAGUUUUGUUGCAUAUUUCUCCCAGUAAAGCUAUCUUUGAGAUAUCAGAUUGUGUGUAAAGUAAUAUAUUUCUGUGCAUUUAUUUACAUUUGAUAUUUUGUUUAUCAGCUGAUGGAGUCUGAUCAUGGAUGAGGAGGUUGACCCUGACAACGAAAAUGUGAACACUGUCUUGGUUCAGGAAUCCUCAGAACUGUUUCAAGUCCUUAGCAAUCAGACACCUGAACUCAUAAUGAAUUUGUGCCAAAUGAUGCCCAGUGAAUCUAGUCGCUCUGCAGCAGCACCACCAACAGAACACAUCCAAGCCAUGUUGGAGUAUUUCACGGUGGCCAACGCUGAAGUUUGCCGCAACUUCCUUCAGAGCUUGUGUAUGUUGUGUGAGAACAUCCCCAUGCGCCUGGAGUCAAGGCUCAUGUCAGUUGCCGGAUAUGCAAAUAAUGUUUGUGAAACCAGUCCCAGUGUAACAGAUAAGAAGUCGCCAUCGCCGCAUUUAGAGCAUCAAGUGCCCAUCAAGCGUCCAAGGAUUGAUUACUGGGAGCAGUACAUUACUGCAGUGAUGCGUUUACUGCAGAGGAGGUGGAAGCAACUCAGUGAGUGCCUGGUAAAAGAGGUCGAGCUGGAGAAUGUGUGGGUCAGCCUGAGAACGGCAAACAGAGGCAGGGACAGACCGGAUCAAACCCCUGGACCAGCAGACAAAGGGGGCAGAACACCAGAGUCUGGUGGGGAUUAUGGGUCCAUGGAUUCAAGAAUGACGUUGGAGACCUUCCUCCAGGGAUGUGCAGGGAAGGUGACAGUUCUUGUUGGCCAGGCUGGAUCAGGAAAAACUCUGCUGAUGUCUCUAUUAGGACAGCAGUGGGCACAUGGACUAGGCCCCAUCCCUUCAUCCUUCCUGUUUGUCCUGCUAGAGUUCCGUCAGCUCAACGUACUGUCCCGCCCCCUCACCAUGUCAGAGCUGCUUUUCCGACACUACCUACCUCUGAAAGGGGGCGAUGAUGAAAAGAGAGCUAUUGUGGAUUACCUCCUUUCCAAUCCAACGCAAAUCUGUUGGGUGCUGGAUGGCUACAAUGACUUUCAUAGCAAAGUCACCCAACGAGAGAUGCAGAGAGAGCUAUUUGAUCCAGAAAAGCCUCUGCCUGUUGCAGACCUCAUUUCAGGGCUGAUAAAUCGUCAGCUUCUUCCAGGAUGUACUGUGGUGGUCACCUGCCGGGUACGCAGUGCCAUCGAUUUGGAAGGAAUAUCAGAUAAAGUGGGGCAGCUGAUAGGGUGGGACCGCCAUGAGAUCAAAGAGUAUGUGGACAGCUUCUUUGAAAUAAAAGGCAACGCAGCCAACAGAGCUCUUGGGAUGGAGGCAACAGAUCUCCUUCUUUCCAGUCAACAUCUUCUCGCCAUGUCAUCCAUUCCUGCCCUCUGCAACAUCUGCUGCAUCUGUCUGAAGCAUCUACUGCUGGAAGGGAGAGACCCAGGAAAGACGCAGAUACCGGAAGAAAGAGGAAGUGAGACGAGGAGAAAAGCGAGAGAAAAAAGAGUUAAUAUUCCAGGAGGAGGAGGAAGAAGAGAGGGUGAAGACAUAUUGAUGGAUGGGACAAAUGGUGGAGCUCUGCUGACACAAGCUGAGAUCCCCUCCACCCUCAGCCAGGUCUACCUCACUGUUCUUGGUGCCUUUCUGAGCUGUGACCCCAAUACAAGUGGGAGCAAUGACGAGCCAGAGACCACCACACUUCCACAGAGUAUUGUGCGCACGUUGACCACUCUGAGUCAAUAUGGAUCUGAGUUGUGUGAGCUGAGUCAGCUGGCUUGGAAAGGCUUAGAGGACAGCAGGAUCCUCUUCAUGGAAGAAGACAUUCCUCAAACUGUGCUGGAGUUCUGUGUGAAGACAGGGCUCUUCUCACAGGUGGCGCUCAGACGUGAGGAUGGGAUGCUCGUCAACGGCUACUGCUUCAUUCAUCUGACGUUACAGGAGUUUUUGGCUGCACUCAGAAUCAUGACCAGCGCUGAUGUUAGUGACACACAGCUCAAGCAGAGAUUCAGUCUAAAAACUCGCUGGACAACCAAGGCAGACCAGAGGACGGUCUUUACUGACUCCCUGCACCUGUUUGUAUGUGGCCUGGCGUCCCCACAAUGCACCUCAGCCUUAGUUCAAUUAUCCAGGACCUCUGAUGGAACAGGAAGCCAAAGUUGGGUCCAAAAACGACAAUCCCUUGUUCUGAAACUGCUAAAACAGCUUUGUAACAGCAACACCCUGACUGGACCAAAGAUAUUGGAGCUCUGCCGUUGUGUCCAGGAAAGCCAGGAUCAGCAACUUGCCAAGCAGGUUGUGGGUACGAGACCCACGCUGGAGCUGCGUAACAUUCGGCUGUUACCUACUGAUAUCGAUGCUCUGGCGUUUGUAGUGAACUCAGUCGGUGAUAAUGGCAUUGGACUGGACUUUGGGUCGUGCUCAAUGGAAUUGGAGUGUUUAGAUGUCUUGCACAAGUGUCAGUACAUCCACAACCUCAGUUUCCACAGCCGCAAAUAUGGUGACAAGUUGGCUGAGAAGUUGUCCUCCAUUUUGCCAAAAUUCACAAGCCUGAGAAAACUGGAGUUUUGUGUUACCAGUCUGACUGCCACAGGAGCGGCAAGUUUGGCCUCUGCUCUACCAAACUGUCCAGACAUCACUGAAAUCAAUCUGAGUGCCAACAAUCUGAAAGAUGAAGGUAUCAAACACAUUGCUGAUAGUUUUACCAAACAACCAAAACUGAUGUCGGUAAUGCUGGGUCAGAACAACAGCUCUCUGGAAGCAGUGAACUAUGUCAUCAGGAAAAUGUCUUCAUGUUCCAACAUUCAACACAUUCAUGCAGAUAAGAAGAAGGAAUUGACAGUAACUUUCUACCCAAACUCAGACUCUGACAGCCAUAAAACCAAGUCCGAACCAACAAUCAGCUUGUUGAACCAGAAAUGGAGUAAGCCCGAGAUGCAAAAACUUGCAAAGUCGUUGUCACGUUGCCCCACCUUGUCUGUCCUGGAUGUUUCUGGAGGCCAUUUGGAUGUUGAAACUCUGAGGGCACUGACUCAAUGUUUGCCCAGAUUCAGUGCCAACAAGAUCAUUGUGAAUGACAGCUGCUCUUCAGUGGAGGGUUUGGUGAUCCUGACUGCUUUGCUGUCUGAGUGUCCUGCUGUGGUGGAGCUUCAUAUCAGUCUCAAGAGUCCUAUCCAGGUGUCCAUAGUGUUUCCUGGAGGGAGAGAAAAACCUACAAAUGAAGUUUCUAAAAAGCUCUGUCUCAGCUUCUGUGAUCUGAUGCCUGCUGAUCUGGACAGAGUGUGGAGCAGCUUGGGAACCUCCUCUGAUCUCACUUUGCUGGAUCUGUCCAGUAACAGUUUAGGUAACAAAGGUCUGAAGACACUGUUGGACUUCCUACCUCGCCUUCGUAGCAUCCAGGAAAUAAAUGCCAGCAACAAUGGGAUUGGCAUGGAGGGAGUGGUAAUGCUGGCCGGUUCUUUGUGCUCCCACAACAACCUAACACAGAUUCACAUCAGUGGUGUAGACAGAGAGAAGGUGAUCCUGAAGUUCUGCCCCAACAAAUGGGAUGACAAACAGCUGCUAAAGAUGUUCAGGAUAAACAACAGCCGCCUCCUGCCAUCCAAUAUCACCAAACUCUGCAAACAAUUGGUCGAGUGUCGCACCCAUUUGGAGUUGGAUUUGUCUCACAGCUCAUUGACAGACAAGGCGAUCGAGAGUCUGCUGAAGUUCCUGCCGAAGAUGACGUCAUUGAAAACACUCAAUGUCAGCCACAGCAUCACAUCCACAGCUGAAGCACUGAUGUUGGCCAGAUGUUUGACUGCCAGUCAGAGAGUCACAUUAGUGGAGCUCAGGCCUAAAGCUGAAUCCUUCAUCCAGUUUGACAGUGUGAAAGCAGAACAAGCCAGCUGCAGGUUAACUCAUUGCAGCCUGAACACUGACGACUUGGAGAAACUGCUUGAGAUCCUACAGCAGGGUCCCCAACUGUCUCACCUGGAUAUAUCAAGUAACCAACUGGAAGAUGAAGCAGUGAAACAUCUUUUGGACUCCCUAGAAAAACUUAAAAUCUCCAACUACAUGAAUUUGAGCAACAAUGGCCUGACCCAGCAGGGACUAAUGUAUGUGGCCAGCACACUGAGUACCUGCAACAUCUCAGGUGUUGAAGUCAGUUUGGGAGCGGAGGAGAAGUGUCUCAUCUGGUUUACACAAUAUGAAAGUUGUGUAAAAACGCUAAGUGUCAGAGACAGUAGUUUGCAACAUGACCAUCUGGUCAGACUAGCAGAGAUUGUGUGUGUCUGUCCCAGUCUGACCAAACUGGAGUUGAAGAACAAUUGGCUGAAUUUGGAUUGGAUAGAAGACUUUGUGAAACGGCUAAACCGCAGUCAGAGAGGAUUUAGUGUCAGUAUUGAGGAGUCUUGGAUCAGAUCUGAGGAAGCUGUUAGUUUGGUGUGUCGCUGUCUGAACCUCAGCAGCAACAUACACACUAUCAGGGUUCACCACACCACACUGCACCUGUCUUUGAAGAAGUCUGCUGUACUGACCUCAGUCAGCCUUGUGGACUGUGCAGUAAAGGGUUACCAUCUUGCAUCUAUGAAGAGCAGCAUCCUGAGGUGUCCUUCAGUGACAGAGCUGGAUUUUUCCAGCAACAGCCUGGGUUUAGAGGGAGCUGAGUUUCUCUAUUCUGUACUGCCUUUGCUGCCAAAUCUCACUUCUCUCAGUGUUGGCUCUAAAGAGGCUCGUGUGACGGUGGUUGAGAAGCUCUCAGAGGCCUUACUGCAGUCUGCAGCCGUUCAGUGCUUAAAUCUAUCAGGUCAUGUGAUCAGUGACACUGCAGCCCACAGUAUGAGCAGAAUGUUGCCCCGUCUAAAAAAACUCAAUCUGUCUCAUUGUGUGUGGUCAGCGGCUGGUGGACUGCAGGUCGUCAGAGUACUGGGAGAGUGUGUCAGCUUGGAAGGGCUUUGUCUGGACUGCCUGCAGCUGAAUGAGGAGAUCACAGUGUCCCUGGCACAAGCAAUAAGGAAUAUGACAUCUAUUCGCAGUCUCAAGCUAAAUAAGACUGUUGCAGCAAUGGGACCGUCAGAAGAGAACAGUGUGCUGGAUGUCAUAGCUGCUGCAGAGGGACUGACACGAAUGCAGGAGAUAGAGAUGGACGGCUGGAGGAUGGCUGAGAGAGGAAUAGAGCGGCUCACCAGAGUGCUUCGUAUCUGGACGGAGCUGGUGAAGAUCAGCCUAUCAAAGAACCUUCUCAGCGACCAAUCAGGAGACGAGCUACUGGAGGCUUUGACCAGCUGUCCUCUCCUUGAAGAGCUCCAUCUGUCUGAUAACAGCCUCGGUGAUGUCACUGCUGCCAGGAUGGCCCUGGUCCUGCCGUCACUGACACACAUCUCUGUGUUGGAUAUUUCAGAGAACUGUAUUGGAUCUGAAGGGGCAGUGAGUCUGUCCAAAGCAUUAAUGUGCAUGAAGAACCUCACCAAGAUUAAUCUGACCUCUGUUGGGACUUCAGAGCUGUGUGCUGUAGCUGCCAGUCUGGCCUACUGUCCCCUCAUAAAGGAUGUGGGUCUGGGAUGGAAUCACUGUGGUGAUAAAGUGGCAAAGGAGCUGGCCAGAGUCAUGCCUCUCUGCCAGAGGCUGACUAGAAUAGAUCUGGAGUCAAACAGUGUGACUGUUUGUGGAGCGGAGGCCCUGCUGAGAGCCUUACAGUCGUGUCCUGCUCUGCAGCUCAUCAGGCUGUGGAAAAACAAAGUUUCCUCCAGUGAGGAGCAGAGGUUCAGUCUGAGGGACAGGAGGCUGAACUUCUCAUCCAUGUGAUCAGUGAGGAGUUACAUUCCCCUGCAGCUCCGGCCAAGUUAAAGAUGCUAAUUUAAAUUAUGUUUCGAUAUGAUCUCCAUGUAACAUUUCAAGGUUAAAAGCCCCUUAACCCACUGAGGCCUAAAACGCCUGUAAAACCUCUGGGCGAUUUUAAAAUAAGCCCCUAAAACCUGAAGUUUUUCUGGAAAUUCAACAGAAGUGUCAACGCUUCUACUAAAUAAUAGAUUUUUCAGCCUCUGUAGCAGGUAGAAAUGAAAAUCAAGAAGUAUUUUAGAGCUUAUACAAAUACUACAAAACAACAUAUACGUUUUCCAGGCUUCAAUGGGUUAAUCUGUGGUGCAACCAAAGCAGCAGAGUUCUCCAGAAAAGAGUUAAAAGAGCUAAAAGAGUUCUCAUCCCUUUUGGAGGGAACAAUUCAAGUACAGAUGCACUGUUGAAUGUUGUUGUUGUGAAAGGUUUUAUCUGUGAGAAAAUCAAACUUCUAUUUUUGAGACUAUUUAAAAGUAUGACGCUGCACUAACUGGCCUCUAGUUUCACAGCGGUUAACUGGGGUGAUCAGCUGACAGAGUGCUGAAGACACAAUGUGCUUUUCAAUCCAAUCCCCUUUAUUUAUAUAAAGCACAAUUUUAGCAAACACAAGGUUCCCAAAGUGCUGCACAAACAAUAAAUACAUAACACAAUACAAAGAGAUGUAGUAAACAAUAGAACAGUAAGAUGCAAUAAGAUAAAAUCAAUUAAAAAUGGGAUAAAUAUGCUACGUUAUGUUAAAGAUAAUAUAGAUAAGAACAGGAUGUGCAGUCUAAAUACUGAACAAUAUAGACAACAGAGAAAUGCAGAGACUUACUUUUGGAACAUUCAAAAUAAAUAAAAUAAGCACCUACAUUGAUCUUACAGCAACUAUUUUAAUCACUAAAAUAAAAAAUAAAAUAACAGUCCCAACUGGGGACUUACUUAGGGCUUAGAAUUGUAUAAAUAAGUGAACUAAUGCUCCAGAAAUGUAUUUUUUUACUUGUUUAAUUGAUAAUUCACUUGUUAAUAGUGUUACCCGGCAGUGAACUUAUUUAUAAGAUGAUGAACUGUGUUUUAGCUGAAGGUAAGUAUUAAAGAACUAUAGGGGGAAAGUGUUGUGCUGGGACUCUUCACCUAAGUAUAAUUAUUAACCCGUUUAAAUCAACAAUAUCAAUAUAAUCAAAUGAACAGAUUAAUAGGGUGUAUUUGCUGGUCACAAAGGGAGUUUAUAACAGUAAGUGUGAUGUAUCUGCCUGGACGCUGAUGAAUCUUAGUGGUAGAUUUAAAUUCUACAGAUCUCAAAGUUCUGUAGAAGUGUGAUGAGGUUAAAGAUAUCGCUGUCUGAGAUAGCAGCUGGAGGAACAACCCAUCAAGCUUUUUAUUUUGUAUCAGCACCACCUGAAGCACCCACACCGCCAUGAACCUAGAGGCCAGGAUGUAAAGGAUUCCCUAGUUUAGUUGUAGGUACAACACAGACUCUAAACCAGGGGUGUCAAACUCAAAUACACAAUGGGCCAAAAUUUAAAACUUGAAUAAAAUCGCGGGCCAACAUUGAACAAAUAAACCUUUUAAUAUAUACCAAACAUGUUUUGCUUUAACAUUAAAUAUGGAACCAGCAACGCUUAUAAACAUACAAUAUAUAACUAAAUAGUGCAGACAUGCAAAAUCAAAUUUCAAAUAAAAAACACAUCAAUGUCAUUAAUUUAUUAAAUAAAAAAUAAAUAAAAAUCGUAUGCCUCUUUUCUAUUUGCAUCCUUCUGAUUUAAAUAUCAAAAUAAACUUUUUCAACAGGUUAAUACAUUUAAAAAUAAAAUAACAAUAAUAAAUCUAAUAUUAGAGGUAAAUGCGCUGUAUAAUACCGGCGGGUCAGAUUUUAUAGUACAAUAAUAAGAUAAUAAUUUGGUAUUGCCUCGCGGGCCAAAUAAAAUUACACUGCGGGCCAAAUUUGGCCCGCGGGCCAGAGUUUGACACCCCUGAUCUAAUACAAUGAGUCACUUUGCACUAUAAUGUUUAUUGGAGGCCACAUAAGUGAAAACACAACAAGUCAUUAACUUACAGUAAAAGAGUUACUCUGUUAUCUCUUAUGGUCAUUCAGGUUGUGGUCUCUAUCCAUUGUACAUAUUUAUUUUUCUGCUGUUGUCAUGAAAGGACAUUUUGUUUGUUUUCAUUCAAACUAAGUUUCAUUUUUAUUUUAUUUUAUUUUUUACAUAAGAGGAUAAUGCUUAACAAUAAUGAAAUUUAACAAGAAAUGUGAAAGAGCACAAACUGAGACAUAUUGCACUCAAACCACUGUCAUGUCUCUAAACGUGAUGAUUUUAUUACGAUACUCUCAUUCUGAGAUAAAUGCACCUUAUUUCCAUUUCUCAUUCCUCUGUGUGUUUAAUCUCCUGGUACUGUAGUUCAUCUUUGAAAAGUGUUUUUUAUUGUUUAAGGUUUGUGAUAAAGUUUGACUUCUGCCAAUAUCUUACUCUUUCAUUCUGACUUGCACUGAGAUGUCAAUUGACAUUAAAAAGAAAAAGGAUGACAUAAA